AUGUCUGUCUUCGUCUGUGGCGCAACUGGCACCCAAGGCAGUGCCAUAGCAAAAUACCUCCAUGAAAAUGGUAUCAAAGUACACACCGUCACCCGUACCCCGCUCUCCACAAAGGCCCAACACCUUCGCAUCCUGGGUGCUGAUGUGACCGCGGGUGACUACGACAACGAAGCCUCCCUCCGAGCCAGUCUCACCAAUUGCACUGGUCUCUUCCUAAAUAUGGUCCCCGACUUCCAAAACCCCGACAACGAAGUCAUCCGUGGCCGGCGACUCCUCACUCUUGCCAGAGAAGCUGGCAUCAAGCAUGUUGUCUACAGCAGCGCCUUCGCCGUCAACGAACCCCACAAGAUCCGCACCUUCACGCCCACUGGUUUCAUUGGGAAGAUGCUGCUGCCUAAACAAGCACUGGAGAAUGAGGUCCGGACAAUGGGCUUCGAGAGAUGGACUAUUCUGCGUCCUGGGAGCUUCAUGUCGAACUUCGUGGCGCCAAUGGUAUAUAUGUAUUCUGGAUUGGUGGAUAAGGGAUGCUGGGUUACAGCGUGGACCACCGAGACAAAGAUUCCGCUGGUGGAUCCGAUGGAUAUUGGGAAAUUAGGGGCAAUGGCGCUCACUGAUGAGAAGUUCCAUGGCAAGGAGAUUGAAAUUGCGGGGGAGUUGUUGACUGUUGAGGAGAUUGUUAGCCAGCUGCGGAAGGCCACGGGCCGUGAUCUUAAAGCUGCUCAUUUGACGGAGGAGGAGAUCGAAGUGCAGGCUGCCGUCAAUCCGCUCAUUGAGGCGCAGUUGGCAAUGCGAGACAUGGCACAGUUUGCGAAUUUGGAGAAAACGAAUGAGUGGAAUCUGGAUCUGGGAACAUUUGAGCGGUUCUUGAAGAGGGAGAAGGAGAAGGUGGUGAGGACGUUUUCUGUUUAG